GGCAGCCACAACCAGUGGAGCCGCCAGGGCAGCGCGGAGGAGGACCGGCAGGCCAGCGCGCCGAGCCCCCCCCUCCAGCAGGCGCCCAGCGAGGCGAGGCCAUGGAGACGGUGCCGGAGGACUUCGUGCCCGCGCCUCCAGGCCAAGCUGGAGGACACCCCUCCGCGACAGCCAGACGGUCCUGCCCAGUCGCCCGAGCUGGCGGCGCCGCUGGAGGCGCCCGCGGGCCCCGAGGCGGCGGCGCAGCAGAGCGCGCCCGCUCCAUCGCGCGAGCCCGCGGAGCAGGCUCCCGCGGACCUCCCCCGCGAGGCCCCCGAGGAGGGCCCCAACGACGCGGCCUCCUGCGCAGAGGAGUCCGACGAGGAUACACUUUCCGACGAGGAGUACCUAACCUACACAACAUCGGUCGGCGAGGUGCCCCGCGCCCGCGUGCUGCAGAUGGAGCGCGACGACGGGACGGCAUCGGCGCCCGUGGACAAGAGGCCGAGCCUCGUCUUGGGCGGCCUCAGCGCGUCCCUGCUGAAGCGGCGCGGCUUGGAGCUGGGGCUGUCGGACGAUUGGCGGCGCUCCAAGCUGGAGGAGAAGAACGCCCGCCCCGAGGGCCCCAAGAUCAUCACCGCGGCGGUGCUCCCGACGGAGUCCUCGGUCUCCAGCAGGCGCCUGCGGCUCCAGCAGCCCAUGCCAGGAGCGUUCCCUCACCACCGCACCGUGAUAUUCAUGGACUGGGACGACACGUUGUGCCCCACGACUUGGAUCAGGAACCUCCUGAAGGAGCACCUGUCCGAGCAGUGGGAGUGGGCAGAGGGCGAGUUCGGCUUCGACGACUUCGACUGGAAGGACAGGAUCCCAGCCUGGUUCAACCAGCCUCUGCCAGACCUCCCCCACAUUCACGACUCCAUCGCAGAGCUGCAGCUGGCAGUGAUCGACCUCAUCAAGGUGGCACAGACGUAUGGGGUGGUCUGCAUCGUCACCAACGCCGUGGACGGGUGGGUGCUCAAGACGUGCAAGAAGUGGCUGCCGAAGCUGAAGCAGUACAUCAACGGCCACGGGGCCAUCCCUCCGAUCGCGGUCCUCUACGGCCAGCAGGAGUACCUGCACCGCAAGCCGCACCCCGCCAGCCCCGCCGCGUCCCUCCCCUUCGUGGACAGCCAGGGGGAGCUCAUGCUGUGGAAGCUGGAGGCCUUUGCAAAGGGCCUGGAGCACACGUCUGAGCUGUACCGCACCGCCGAGCUGUACUCACCGACUGGGCACGGGCGCUUGAAAGGCGGCCGCCUCUUCGGGAUGCCGCGGAGCCCCAAGAAGACCCGCCGGGCGUCCUCGGCCGCGAAGCUGGAGUGCGGCCAUCAGCUGUGCGGCCACUCGGUCACGUGGGUCGCCGACCGCGGCGAGAAGGACGUGGUGAGCGUAGUGUCCAUCGGGGACAGCGAGGCGGAGAUGCAGGCGGGGCAGCUCGCGGUCAUGGCGCUCAACUCCGCGCAGAAGUGGUCGCGGAGGAGGGCACGGGCGCAGAGCGCCCCGCCGGACAGGCAGUCUGGGCAUCCGUGGAUCAAGAACGUGAAGCUCGAGGAGAGGCCCACCGUGGAGCAGAUGAUCGACCAGCUGCGGCGGCUCCGCGACGCACUCCCGGGCAUCGUGGCGGCCCGCUCCCACAUGCGGCUCGAGCCUCCGGACAUCGGCGCAGGCCCGCCGGGCCCCCAGGGCGCUGCCGCCUCUGCGGGGUGCGGCGCCCGGCUGCGCUGGUGCGAGCAGCUGCCCACGCAGAUCGACCAGUUCGCCAGGGAACGGGUUCGACGGAGGAUUGGUUCGCCAGAAGACUGCAUCGACGGGAACCAGUUCGACGGGAACAGGUUCGCCAGACCCGGUUCGACGGACCCGAUUCGCCGGACCCGGUUCGCCAGGCUUGGUUCGCCCGACCUGGUUCGACAGACCCGGUUCGACAGACACAGUCGACAGACCUGGGAAUGGGUCUUGUCUGCCGACAAGGAUGUGAUCCAGCAUCAUCUGCUCAGCUCGCUGCUGGCAGAGGACAAGCCCAAGCCGGCCGACGAGUACCACAGAACCCUGAGAGAGGACAGGCCCCCCCCGGUCGACGCCCGCAGCCUGGCCGCCCGUCUCCUGGGGGAGCCCGCGGAGCCCGCGCCCGCGGCUGCCGGGGGGCCCUGCCCCGAGGGAGGAGGCCCGAGUCGCGAGGAGCCAGAGGUGCACGCUCUGCAGGGGUCCAGCGUGGACGCGGCGCGCACAGCAGACGCCUCUGCGAAUGGAGGCGUGGCCUGGAGCUGCUCCGCAAGAGCAGACCUUGCAGAUGACGAGGGCGCGGGCGGCCGCGUCGGCCCCGUGCUGGGCGGCGGCGAGGUUAUCGUGGCGGUGGAGACCACGAGGCACUUCCAGAGAGGGGCCGAGCUGCCCCCGGACAUCGAGGUGGAGUGGCAUGGGGAGCUGGGCCUGCACGCGGUCGCGGGCGUGGCGGAGGAGAAGAUCUUCGUUCGAAGGGCCCCGAGGUCGGACCUGCCGCGCUGCGCCUCGGGGGCGAACGCCGCCGACGCUCCCGGAGACGCGUGCCCGCGGCCCGCCGGCGCGCCCGACCGGGCCGGCAGCGGGCCCGCCGGGGCCGGCGGCGCAGGCGCCGCGGGGCGAGGGGCGCCCCACGCGGGCGCGACCUGCCACCUGCAAGAGGCGCUGGACGACUACAGGGCGAGGGCGUUGCUGGACAGGCUGCUGGCUGGCAGCGCGUCAGGGUCGACCGACGGAUGCAGCGAGGCCCGCGCCGCGGGCCCGCCGGGCCCGGCGGCGGGCGAGGCGGGGCCCCUGGCGCCCGGGUCCUGGGGGGCGCCCGGCGGCGGGCGCCCGGAGGCGCAAUUGGGCGGCCCAGGCGAGCUCGCCUGCUGGUGGCCCGUGCUGGCGCUUGCGGCCAGCGAGAUGGCGCUCGCCGCCCAGCAUCACCACAUCCAGAGCAUCUGCGCGGGGGCGUGCAGCUACGUCGCUCAGGCCUUCUCCAAGAUCCGGGCGCAGAGGUGGGAGUCCCUCGCCCGCAUGCUGCUGCGGAGGUCCUCGGAGGCGGGCAGAAAGGUUCCUUCCUCGCUCCUUGCUCCGCCGGGCGCAGGUACUUCCAUCUUCCUCUUCGACAGGCGACUCGGCGACGCGGAGACGGGCGCCGCGGCCCGCGCCCCAGGGGCGGCGCGCGCGGCGCUGGGCGACGACGAGGCCGUUGGCCGCCUGGUCGGCGGAGGCGGGCACGCGGCGCUGGGCGCGAUCGGCUGGGCCGUGGCGCUUGUCGCCAGCCUGGCGGAACGGAUGUGGGAGAGCGGGGGCAGGAGAGCCGGUGCGCGCGCCCAGUUUGAGCAGCAGCGGCUGCUUGGAGUGGGCAGUGAGGCCGCGCGCGAGGGCCGUGGCCAGCUCGGAGCGAUGGCCCAGAAGUACCGGGACCGCAUCGCCGCGAGCAGCGGCAUCAGCUGCAGCAGGGCCUUCGAGUCGGACUUCGGGAAGCGCAUCCUCAUGAAGUACGGCUGGAAGGAGGGCGAGGGCCUCGGGCGGCGGAAGCACGGGCGCACGGACUGCUUGCAGGCGAAGCGCCGCGAGCAGAAGGCGGGCCUGGGGGCCGAGAAGCGGAAGGUGACGGAGGAGCUCUGGGACAACUGGUGGGCCGACUGCUUCAACAGCGUUGCCAGGAACAUCUCCGUGAACUCCUCCAGCGACGACGGCACAGGGACCAAGGCUUCGGCUGAAGCCUCCGCGCCGGCGGCAGCGGCGAGGAGCCAGCCGGGCCGCGCAUCACCGCGGUGA